AUGUCAUAUCAAAUUCAAUAUUUAAUUAAUAUAAUAAUUAUAAUUUCAAUAUCAAUAAUUUUUAUUUAUCUAUCAAUAAAUAAUGAAAAUUCAAUUUUAGGUUCAAUUUUAAAUAUUUAUAAUAAUAAUGAUUUUUAUGAUAAUCUCAAUAAUUAUGAAAACCAAUUAAUUCAAAGCUCAAUAAAUUUUGAAAAUAUUAAAAAAACAUCAAUCUAUAAAAAUUAUCCUUAUAGAUAUAAACAUUUAGAAGAAAAACAAGAAUUAUUAAAACAAAAAAUAAAAGAAGAAAGAUUAAAAUUAAUUGAAAAUGAAAAAUCAAUUCCACAACAACAAAAAUUAUUCAUUAUAAUAUUCAUUAGCUUUUUAACAAUAACCAUCAUUGCUUUUUUUGUUAAAUUAAUUAUUAAAAAUAAUUUAAAAGAAACAAAAAAAACAACUUAUAAUAUUAAUAAACAAAUUGAAACAAUUGAUAAAUCAAUUAAUAAUAUUAUAAUAAAUAAACCAUUAAUAGAAAUUAAUAAAAUGAAAUCAAUUAAUAAUCCUUUCUUAUUAGAAAUAUUAUUACAAGAUUUUAAUAAUUCCUAUACUACCAAAAAUAAUAAAAAUGAUAAUAAUCCAAUUUUAUUAGAAUAUAAAAAAGAAAUUGAAGAAUUAAAUAAAAAACAAGAAAUAUUAAAUAAUAAUUUUAAGAAUAGUAUUGAAAAUAUGAAUUUAUUAGAAAAUAGUGAAUCUGUUAAUGAAAAUAAUAAUAAUAAUACUAAUAAUAAUAAUAAUAAUAAUGAAAAUAAUAAUAAUAAUAAUAAUAAUUAUAAUAAUGAUAAUAGUGAUAAUGAAGAAAAUUUUAAAAAUGAAAAUAGAAAAGUGAAUAAAGAUUUAAAAAGAGCUUCAAUUGAAAUUCAAACUAAAAUGUUUAUGUAUGAAUAUAAGAAAUGGGAUAAACAAAGAAUAGAUGCAAUUGAAGAAGCAGAAAGAAUAAGAAAAGAGAAUGAAAAGGAAAAAAUUGAAAAUGAAAAAAGAAAACUUGAAGAAGAAAAAAAGAAAAAAGAAUAUCAAGAAUCACUUGAACAAGUUAGAGAAUCUAAAUUUUUUAUAAUUUCAAUUAAAAUCAUUGUAAUAUUAAAUAUAUUACCAGAAUUAGUGAAAUUAAUUAUGUAUCAUAUAAAUUCAAUUAUACCAACUAUAAUGUGUUUUAAUAUUAAUAAUAGUAAUUAUUAUUUGAAAUUUUUAAAACAAAUUUUAAAUAAUACACCAUUUUCAAAUUUAUUAGAAUGUAUACCAAUUAUUAAAAUCAAUUGGUUUUUAACAUUAAUGACAAUUGCUUAUAUUGGAAUUUUAAUAAUUAGUUUAACCCUACAUUCAAACUCUUUUAUUAUAACUUUACCAUUAUUGGCAAUCACUUUUUAUACCUAUAAAAUUGAUUACAAUAAUUUAAAUUCCUAUUUAGUCCAUAUCAUAAUGAAUUUGGUAUUAUUAUUCCUUUGGAAAUUAUUCAUUCAUAAUUAUCAAGAAAGAAUCAUAUCAAGUAAAUUUCAUAAAACUUUUAUUUCGCCAUCGAUUACAAUUAGAAUUUUUACUAUUAUAAUAAUUAUUAUUUAUAAUAUAAUAAUUCAUAAAUAUUUUUUAAAUUCAAUAAAUUUAAUAAUUACAAAAUAA